CAAUCUGCGGCUGCAGGUUUGCCACCGGCGGCAUACAUGGGGACACAGGCAGCACUGAGGAGGAACUGAGAAUGAAUGACCGAGUUCAAACAAAGUGGUCGUGAGUUUCUGUUGGGAAAGCAUCAAGAUCUGCAGCAAACUGUGCAGGAUUGCCUUCAUCUCCAAAAUCCGGGUUGCAGCCGCAACUGUCUGAUUGAUGAGUGGAGUCCUGCUCAAACCCUGGGUAGAUGAAACAUCCUUUUUCAAGUGGGGAAACUGCACAAACUGUGAUUGGCAGGAGGAGGAGAGUCUGACGGAGGAGCAGAGGAAUGUUGGCAGCCAUUUAGUCUGAGCUCAACAACGGAGGAAACAUGGAUUCUUCACAAAAAAAAUGUAAACACAGCAAUGGAGUGAGAUGUCGGACCUCUGAGAAGGAUAAGGAUGGUUCAGCAACAACAGCAAAAAGAGAUGAAUCACUCAGUUGUGAGCAAUGUGGCAAGACUUUUAUCACAGCAACAAAGCUCAGAAUUCACAAACGUAUUCACACUGUGGAGAAACCAUUCAGCUGUGAUCAGUGUGGAAAAGCUUUUACUCUGAAGUGUAAUCUAGCAACACAUCAACUCAUUCACAGUGGAGGUAAACCAUUCAGCUGUGAUCAGUGUGGAAAGGCUUUUACUCAGAAGUGGAGCUUAAAAAGACAUCAACUCAUUCACAGUGGAGUUAAAACAUUCAGCUGUGAUCAGUGUGGAAAGGCUUUUAAUCAGAAGAGUCAUCUGGCAAAUCAUCAACUCAUUCACAGUGGAGUGAAAUUGUUCAGCUGUGAUCAGUGUGAGAAGUCUUUUACACACAAGCGUGCGUUAAAAAGACAUCAACUAAUGCACAGUGAAGUUAAACCAUUCAGCUGUGAUCAAUGUGGAAAGGCUUUUACUCUGAAGAGUCAGUUAAAAAGUCAUCAACUCAUGCACAGUGAAGUUAAACCAUUCAGCUGUGAUCAAUGUGGAAAGGCUUUUACUCUGAAGAGUCAGUUAAAAAGCCAUCAACUCAUGCACAGUGGAGUUAAACCAUUCAGCUGUGAUCAAUGUGGAAAGGCUUUUACUCUGAAGAGUCAGUUAAAAAGUCAUCAACUUAUGCACAGUGGAGUUAAACCAUUCAGCUGUGAUCAGUGUGGAAAGGCUUUUAUUUACAAGAGUUACUUAAAAAGUCAUCAACUCAUUCACAGUGGAGUUAAACCAUUCAGCUGUGAUCAGUGUGGAAAGGCUUUUAUUUACAAGAGUUACUUAAAAAGUCAUCAACUCAUUCACAGUGGAGUUAAACCAUUCAGCUGUGAUCAGUGUGUGAAAACCUUUACUCAACAUGAACAGUUGUUGAUCCAUCAAUGCCCCCAUUCUGGUAGAAAGCGGUACCACUGUGACUCCUGUGAAAAAACUUUCAAGCACCAACAGAGCUUAAAAUGUCACCAACGCAUCCACACUGGCCAUGAUGUGUGGAUAUGUGAUCACUGUGGCAAACUAUUUGUAAUGUACUCACAGUUAAAAGCUCAUGAAGUGACCCACACUGGGGUUAAACCAUACGUUUGUCACCAGUGUGGGAAACGCUACAGCUACAAUGCAAAACUCAAAAUUCACCAACGUGUCCACACUGGGGAGAGACCAUACAGAUGUGAUGAGUGUAAGAAGACUUUUACAACUUUGGGUUCCCUGAAACGACACCAGCAGAUCCACACCAGAAAGAAAGCAUUCAAUCAGUGUCACAGUGAGAACAGAACAGAUGGACAACACCCUCAGACUUGUCAGCACUCUUCCAAUGGUGAACAGUGCUGCUUUGACCAGUCUGGACCAACGUCCAACCAACAGGGAACCCUACAACGACACCAGCGUAUGCACACUGGACACAGACUGAACCCCUGCCAAGAAGAUUUGUCCAUGCAGGGUUCAGUAAAAGUUCAUGAAGUCCUCCACAAACUUAAAGUCCUUGAGAUCCGGCUUCACAGAAUUCAGACCCAUUCCACGUGUCCCAGCCCUGUGGCUGCCUGGUCUCUCCAGAGCGCACGGAGCUCCAAUCUGUGAGUGGUGCGGUGAAGAAUCGAGCAGCUGAUCACUGGUCAAUAGCGUUGGAGCUUGUGUUUAGCUCAAAGACGCAGAUACUAAAGUUUGCUCAGACUUUGUGUGACAGAGGAGAGAGGAUGUGUCUCUGCUGAUUAACAAAGAGAGCUGCCGCUGCCGCUAUCCCUGAGCCGCGGUGUGUUGACUCGCCCCAUUGGCGUAAGUGCGUCAGUGGCGAUGCGCGUGCAUGUCCCACAAUCCCCAUGGUUUCGCCACAAAAUAAAAACAAACGGGCUUAGAUAUUGAAUUUUAAAAAGUAACAAAAACAGAAGGUGUUGAUUUUGUUUGAUUUCUUAAUCUUUCAACAUUUUCUAUGUGUUUUACAACAGCAAAAGGAAAAAAAGAAACAUUUAUUUAGUUUGCUGGAUUUUAUUUUGAAAGGAAAAAAAUCAAAGAUCAAGCCAUACGGAUUUGUCCCAUUAUUCUCCUCAGAACAUCUGUUUAGUUAAAUAUGCACAAACGGAAUGUAGCUUAGGUGAUAUGAACCUUUUUUAUUUGAGGACAUAUAGGAUGUUUGUAAUCAUGAGUUAAAUAGCUCUCAGCAGAUUUUGUGACCUUAUGCAUCUGAAUGAUGUGUAGCCACAAACAAAAAUCUCCAAUCUUAAGCAAAUAUUAUUAGUCAGAACAGAACGAACGUAUGGGUUGUGUGAAAUGAAUAAUGGAUAGAUAGUUAAAUCAGAAUGUUCUUAGCCUGCUUUUCACCGUUUUUUCUUUCCAAAAUAUAGAUAAAAAAUAGAAACAUUUAAAUUGAAAGCCAACUGAACAAAUUAUACAGUGAAUACAUUUUUUACCCUUACCAAAAACAAACAAAAUGUGUGUCAGUUCAAAUUGAAAAUCAAAUGAUUUAAACUAAUCACACAGAUUAUUGAGGUGUAUCAAAUGAGCAGUUACUAACAUGUAUGUGUGGUUAUGUGCUACAGAGGGCUCCUUAAUCAGAUCUUCUGACUCCAGAGGAAAAGGCCAGAGUAGAAGUUCUUCAGCAUGAGCAGUCCAUUGCUGCCAGGACCCAGAUAAACCAGAUCAGGAAGGCCUGGACUUCUUUGCUAGUUACAGAGUUUGAGAGUCAGCAUCAUGAUCAGCUUAUUCAGAGGUAUCUUAUAUUGUGAGGCAAUAACUAAAAUUGCUUUUAAGAGUUAAUACUAGUACUUUUAUUACCUGCUGAAAUACAAAGUUGGUAUAGCAAGUGACAUAUGACAGUUUAUUCUCUUGUAGUGUUCCAGAGAAUAUUAAAUUUUUUCAAACAGUAUUCUCCAAGCACUUAUAUUCUCUUGAGACUGACACUUGAGAUAAUGUUGUAAGUAAAAAUUGUGCCUUAUGAAGGAAAGCAGCAUAGUUUUGUAGCAGUUUUGUUGUGGUUGGUGUUGUUUUGAGUUCUUGUUAAAUCUACUGAAGAGAUAAAAAUUAUUAAAAAUUAUUAAUAAUACAUGUACUUGGUUUUCAUGAUUUUUUCCCCUUUACACUAAAAUAAAUCUUUGCAAUUAUAGUGAUGUGGUAUUGAAACAUUAACACCAAAAAAAUCUGACUUUUGGCACUUUCUAAAAUGCGUUAAGUUUUGGCCAAGUAAGGUUUUACAUUUGAGCAACAACAAAAUAGUGGGAUCAUAAUCGGCAUCAUUUCCACCAGAUGACCUCAUAUUUGCUCUGAAUUAAUAGAAUCUCAUAUAUAUUGUGUUUUAGUGAGUUUUAAAAUACAUUUAAAUACGUUUAUUGACACUAUAAAUUGGAUCUUAGAAGUUCAGGCUCAGGAUUUUUUCUCACUUUAAGCCCUGAUUUAAUUUCUGAUUCCUUUGUUCUUGAUUUGAUAAACUUUGCGUACAGGUUGUUCUUCUUUUUGCAAGCCUUUUUUAAGCCUGUGGUUAACCAUGGGCAAUCUUUGUAUCUAUUCUUCUUCUUAUCAUUUAUAAUAGGACAGUAUUUAUUAAAUGACAUAAUGAAUAUUUCUAAAAAGUUCUCAUAUGCACUGUCAACAUUUUCUUCAUUGUACACUGAACUCCAGUCCUGUUCCAACAGGGCGUUGAACAGCGCAUUAGUUGUUUGUUCAGUCUGUAAAUGCUUCUGGCUAGCUAUCUUGAAUUUUGUUUUUUCCUACAUUUCCAGUCUUUUAUCGUGAACACAGGUAAGUGGUCUGAUAUGUCACAGAUCAGCAAUCCAUUUGUGCAUCCAUAUUGAGUGUCAUUGGUAAAAAUAUUAUCGAUUAAAGUAGCACUGCUGCUUGUUAUUCUACUGGGUUUUGUAAUAGACGGAAAAAAGCUCAUACUAUUGUGGGAAAUGGUGUGUUUUAUAAUUGCUCAGUGUGCAUAUUAAAGAGUUGUAUUGGUUCUGAGGAA